AUGUUCGGAAACAGAGGGGACAUUUCGGAAGCGCUUUUAAGGAAACAUGUGAAGGGAAAACAGAGGAGAAGAAGCAGAGGCACACCAACAAGUUGCGGGGAUAACUACAACAUUAUUGAGUGUGGUGUACAGAUCUCGAUGAAGGAAGCUGAGAGUAGAUGCAGCAGCAAAGUUGAUUACUCUGAAACUAUAGGUAACAGCAACCACAGCACAGCUCAAGAAGGAGAUUAUGGAGCAGAAGCUGUUAAGUUUUCUCAAGAUGAAAAAAACAAAAGUCGUUGGGGUUGGCUUAGGAAGCUUGGUUUGUGGAAGAAGAAGAGGACCGAAGUUGCAUUAUCAUUUGAAAGAUCUAGCUAUAACUAUGUUUGGUUUUAUAACUUUUGUUACAAUUAG